AUGCCAUCGAUAAACUUGAACGCGCGAAUCAAAUGGAAACGAGGGAAGCACCGACAAGCGCGAGAGAGUAGAAAUCCAGAGUCUAUAAUUUCUGAACUCGCGAACUGCGUCUUUCGCGGCGCGUUUCAUCGAGAGAGCGUGUGGGUUUCGUGCCCGAGACGCGUGGCGAGUUUGUUCGAUCAGUUGAACAUAGGGAGAAGAGUGCGAGAGUGCGUCGCGAGGGACGUGCCUUUUGUGCAUCGAGAUGUAGUGGCGUUGAGAUUAUCACCAGAAGAUGCGUUUUAUUUACACGCCGUGGUUGGGUGUUUGGUCGUGUACGCGUACGAGGAGAGCGUAGUAAAUAGCAAUAGCGACGACGAGAAUGAUAACAACGACAACAACAACAACAAUAACAAAGGUGGACGACACGUGGAGCUUUCUCGUGAGCAGUUUUGGACGCUGUUGCGCGAGACCGCCGGUGCUGCGUUCGGUUUAAAGUGCGUAGCUACGUGUCACUUUCGGUUGCAAGGAUGGUUGCCGAGAUCCGGUUUGCAAUACGGCGCGGAUUUAGUUUUGUAUCGUCGACAUCCGUCGUUGGUGCACUCGGAUUGCUGCGCGUUAGUUUUGCCAGAAAACAACGGCGCGAGAAAAUCGUUCGAUGUGUUUAGUGAGGGUAACGCGUCGGAGUCAUCCUUGAAAGAAAACAACAGAGGCGAACUCACGAAAUCGUUUCCGAAAUGGUACGAGUUGCAGUCGCUCAGUCGAUUGUGCGUCCAAGUGAACAAGAAACUCAUCCUGUGUUCGAUAUCGGUUCCCGAGGCGUGCGAUUGGAACGAUAGCGGCGUUAUCGCCGAAGCGACGGUGAAAGAGACGGAAAUAUCGAGGUUCAAUCAAUUACGGAUUAAGAAUCUCGCAUCGUAA